AUGGACCCAUAUUGCGUCUUGAAGUUGGGAAAUUUUGAGCUACAAACAGUCGAGCACAGAGGAGCUGACAAGCUUCCAUCAUGGAAAGAAGAAUUGACUUUUAAUGUCUUGCCUGGAGAUGAUCUGCUACAAAUAACACUUUGGGAUAAAAAUACACUUUCAAAGGAUAGAAAAAUUGGAUCUGCAAGUUUUCCAUUAUUUGAGCUUUUUUCCAAAAGAUUUAUAGAAGAUUGGGUUGAGCUAAUGUUUGAAGGAAAGAGUGCUGGACAUAUAAAACUUCAAAUGACUUUUCAGCCUGAAUGGGAACAACAAAAAAUAAGCGAGGGUGAAAGACUAGAAGAGAAGGCAGAGCUGCAAAAAGAGCAAGCUCAACCUGAAAUAUCAGGCCAAAGAUUGAAAGAAUACCCAGCUUAUCAAGAAAGUGGCAUUCGAAGAGAAGAAGUGAAGCCAGAACUUUAUAAUCAAGAAGAGUUUCCUCAAGAAAAAAAAAUUUUUAGUGUGGAGCCUGGCUCGGAAUACCAAAAGGAAUACCCUCAAGAAUCUCAGUACCAGCAAAAACAAGAAAUCCCUAUACAUGAAAGAAAAGGAUACUCUGAAGAGCUUCAGCAGAACGUGCAGUACUCAAAGGAAUUCCAACAAAGACAAGAGAUCCCAUCAUAUGAGAGGAAAGGGUACACUGAAGAGCUUAGGCAUGAAAAACAGCCCCCUCAAGAAUCCCAGUACCAGCAAAAGCAAGAAUUCCCUAUACAUGAAAGAAAAGGGUACACUGAAGAACUUGGGCAUACAAAAAAACACCAGCAAGAAGAAUCUCAGCAGCAUCUCCAAAAAGAAGAUUUUCCUAAACAAGAAAGAAAAGUAUACAGCGAAGAGCCUAGGCCUGAGUAUGUGUAUAAGCAGUAUCCCCAGCAAGGAGUUCCUCAGCAAGAAAAAAAAAUUAUAUAAAGAAGAGCAAUUACUUAGAUUAUAGAAAAGCUCCCUGUCGGGAUCCUAAAUCAAUAUUCCCUUCCAUACUCCACUCGCCCUCUUCACCGACAAUCGUAGCACGCCUUGAAAGUCUUGCUUCUGCCAGACUUGGGCCUGCGCAUACGACCUGGUUAGGUUAGGCUAUUAAAGACAGGCGUUAGCCAUAUUCGUGAUGCAAUCAUCAAAGACCUCCAUGAGGAAGGCUCUUCCACUUUUCGAGUCCAGCCAAGAGGGGCUAUCCCCCAAUAAUGGAUGUCACUUCUGAUGCCUUCUGUCUCCUUCUUGACUUGUAGCUUCAGUCUUGAGUGGGCGGCUUAUGGAUUUCUGCGGCACUGGUGCAGGCGAUUGGAGUAGCUUGGUUCUAAAGGAUCGUCUCCUUGGAGCCUGUCAGGUGCCGAAGUGCCUUCCUUCGAAAAAGACUAUUCCUCCGUGGCCCAGACCAAAAUCCCCAGUUUAUUGAUAGAGGAAUGCCCAUGGGUCCUCGAAUCCAAAAUGAAGUUGCCGAGUACUUCCAUUUCCAAUCACAGGAAAGCAGACAAAAAUGACCUGGAUACACAUUUAUUGAGCCUACAUUGAUUUUUUUAUCUCGGAGUCCGUCCCAGUUCGCUGUGGCCAUAAGGUCUUGACUGUUGCACCAGAGUCGCCAUUUUAUAUGUGCACGCUGCCCUAUAAUUUGAAAGUUUGGGUCACAUUACGUACUCCUAAAGUAGUUUUCCACCAUCGAAUAUUCAUAAGGAUUGAAUUUUCUGGUCGACUCUUGGCUUAGAUGGAAAUCUUUAGCCCAGGGCGUAACUCCUGAUUUCACGCAGGGAAUAGUCCCGAUAGGUCAAGACAAAUGCUUUGGUACAGCUGGGAAGCCUUUUCAUCUUCGGAUUAAUCUCCUUAUGAGGCAAAACUUGGCGUUGUAGUAAAACUUGCAGUCGGCCAGCUUGGCAUUGCGCUUUACUGAACUAAGAAAAGCCUGGCCGGAUGCACCUAUCAAAAGUUAGCCCCAUUCCUCAAGAUUCCCGGUACCUUUUCGAGAGUCGGCUACAGAGUUAAGAAGGUGGGUUAAUUCACCACACAAUUUUUAAUGAAUUUAUAUAAAGAAGAGCCACUUGCAAAAACUUGAAAAUAUGAAGAGAUUGAAAAGCCAAAAGAGCACGAUGAAAAAGAGGAAGAAAGAAGAGAAGGGAUUGCACAAAAAGGAGAGCUCAAAGAGUUUCCUAAAGAACCUUCCAAGCCUGAAAUAUUGAAGCAUACAAUCGAGAAAGAGACAUAUAUAUUCUCAAAACAACCUAAAGAAGAAGCUGAAAGGCCUAUAAUUCAACGUGAAAAAGUAUAUGAUCAACAAUUAUCAAAAGAACAAGUGCAACAGCUAGAAGCUCUUAAUCUUAAUUAUCUAUAACGCUUUACGUCCACUACGGGGUAGCCAACUCCAGAGCUACCACCAUAUUUAUUCACGUGUCAGGUCCAUGGACCUCUGGAUUGACCCACUUUAAUCACCAAGGCACGGGUAAGUACGGCGUUCCAGCUUCGACGGACUUCGCUGCCGCGACAGCUUUGUUCCGAUUCAGCUCCUGCGCGUGUUCCGCCUGAGGGUCCACCUCCUCGGGUGUGCUGAGGGGUAAAGACCUGAGCUCUUGAUCGCACUAAGGAGCAGUUCCUUUGGUUAUCUCCAAAGUUAAAUCGCUAUUGCUGUGCAGAAGUUCUCGAGAUAAAACCCAACCCCAUAAAUAAAAUUGCUUGAGUGAGAGAAAAUUAGCAGAGCUAAUUUCGCUUGAAGCGAAAGCCAUUUUUAUUUAUAACAGCUAGAAGCUCAGCAAGAAAAGCUAUAUGAGCAAAAACCAUCGCAUGAAAUAAAACUUCCCGCUUUUCAACACGAGCAAAUGCCAGCACAAGAAUCGGCACAGCCCAUUUAUCAAGAAAAAAUGCAUGAAGAGAAGCCAAUCAAAAAAGAAAAGAAGCAUAAAGAAAAGUUACCCAAAGAAGAAAAGUUGCACACAGGAGAAAAAAUGUCAAAAGAAGAGAAAUUGCACAAAAAAGAAAAAGUCCCGAAAGAAGAGAAAUUGCAUAAAGUAAAAGUUCCAAAAGAAGAAAAGGUACAAAAAGGAGAAAAAAUACAUAAAGAGAAGAAAGCUCCAAAAGAAGAAAAGGAAAAAAAGGCUCAUAAAAAAAUACCCAAAGAGGAAAGUCAGCCUGAAGAGAGGGAAAGAGUGGAAUUUCAAGAACGACAACCAAGAAAAGAAAUGGAAUUUCAAGAGCGUCAGCCCAAAGUAGCUUUUAAAUCUCAUGAAGUUCAGCCAGGACAAGAAAUGGAGUACAGAAAGCAACCCAGAGAAGAAUUCCAACCUCAUGAAGCAGGCUAUAGAAAAGGAAUGGAAUUCCAAGAGCAUCCGAAAGAAGAGAUCCACAGAGAAGGUAUGAAAUACCGAGAGCAGCCUAAAGAGCAAUACAAACCUCAAGAAGUAUCCAGCGAAGAAGCUCAUCAGCCUCUUUAUUUUCAAUAUGGGAUGAUUUAUAUCCGUCCUCUUAGCGCCAAAAUCACUCGAGAUGUAGCAGCUGAAAUAAUGGACCCUUACUGUGUUUUCCGUAUCAGUGACGCUGAAAGAGUCUCAGAAGAGAGUAGGUCAGGAGACAAAAACCCAAUUUGGAACGAGCAAUUGCCAUUCUUUGUAGGGCCAGGAGACUUUUAUUUGACAGUUACCUUGAAAGAUAGAAAAGCGCUUCAAAAGGAUAAAAUCAUUGGAAGUGCAGCUUUGCCACUCUUUAAACUUUAUGCUGAUAAAUUAGUAGAAGACUGGAUAGAGCUAAAAUAUGAAGGACAGUCAUCUGGCCAUAUAAAAGUAAAUAUGAUGUUUUAUCCUAAUGAAAAGCCCGAAUCAAUAAAAGAAGCCUCUGCUACGAAAGAAAUGUCAGACCAACAAACUGGAGAAGUCAAAAGAGAUGUAUUUGAAGGCCAGCAGUCUGCAGGACUUAAGAAAGAUAUACAAGAAGGAGUAUUUAGAGAACAGAAAGGGCCAAUUAAAGAAGGAGCAGUAGGUGAACAAUACACUGGCUUAAAAGAAAAGCAUCAGGAAAAAGAAAUAUAUCAGCAUUCUCAGAAAGAAAAGCCUAAAGAACAUAAAACGACUCAGUAUGAGCAGAAAAUUCUUUAA